CGCCGGCCUGGCAGUCGCUUUCCUGGUAAGCGCCGCGCAGUCCGCGAGUGGCCUCAGAGAGGGUGGUGCCGGUCGAAUCCCGGGCGGGUGGCGGUGCACGCAGGAACUCCAGAGGAGGACACAGGCUCUCUGACUCUUGUGAAAGACUCGCCAUGGCGUUUCACGGCCCUUCCUACGGCCUCAGCCGCGAGUGUCAGAUGAAGUCUCAGGCCAAGUUCAGUCUGGACCGGGCGCGCGAGGCGGUGGACUGGGUGGAAAGGGUGCUGGAUGAGCCCGUCGAUUACCCCAGUCCCGACGAGGGUCUGCGGGAUCAGCACGACUUCGGCGCCGUGCUCAAGAACGGCACCGUCCUCUGCAAACUGAUCAACAUCCUGCACCCGGGAGCUGUGAAGAAGAUCAACACCAUGUCAGCACCCUUCAAACAGCGGGAGAACAUCGAGAUGUUCCUGAAGGGCUGUGAAAGCUACGGCCUGAAGCCCCAAGACCUGUUCCAGGUCAACGACCUUUACGAGAACAAGAACCUCUACAUGGUGGUUGACUGCCUGUACGCCCUCGGAGGAGUGGCGCAAAAGAAGGGCUUCAACGGCCCGGCGCUGGGCGUCAAGGUAGCGGAUGAGAACAAGAGGCACUUCAGCGAAGAUGUAUUGAGGAAGGGCGAGCAGGUGAUUGGCCUGCAGUACGGCAGCAACCAGGGCGCCAACCAGUCCGGCAUGACCGCCUACGGCGCCGGCCGGCAGAUCCUGCCCAACGGCCGGUAGACGCCGGCCGGCCGCCCACAGGCGGCGCCACCGUCGCUGGUGUAGGUGGCGCCACCGGCCGCGGCGGCACCGCCAGUGCCGGCGGAGUGCAGUUCUGACCAUUCAGUGCGGCGGCGGUGUGUGAUCGUUUUCUGCGGAGAGGGUACAUUCCGGCCGGGUUGGAAGUGUUUUAGAGCGCGGCGGCGGAGCGGAGCGGGCGCCGUAACGCCGCCGACCGACGCUGAGACGACGUUCAUCGGGAGCGAAGCUCCACAAACUACAAAUGUGCGAGAAUAUUGUAUGCCAUAGGUAUAAGAGCGCUCAUAUGAAGAACCUUACGUUUUGACGAAAUUUUAUACCAUUGUCAGCUGGCACAAGUAGGCUGUAAUCGUGUGUGUUAUUUCGACGUGGUGUCUUUUUUCAAUGUCCGUGACGCCUACGGCCCAGCUGCGGUACACGAACGAGAGCUAUCGGCGAGUUCAUCAUUAUCGCGCGCGCGAGAAUCGUGGUAAAUAAAUGGAGAUGACGUUUGU